AUGAAUUGUCUCAUUAGCAUCUCAAAACAAACAUGGAUAAAUGAUCACUAACGCUUUAAUAAACUUCUCAGGAUAAGUUGUCAUAGCUGCGUAUAUGAGGAGUAGCCUCUCUCUAUGGCUAUUUAUAUUGUAUAUGGCAUUUUUCAUUAGUUUUCCCCUCUGCAGGCUUUUUAUGUUCAGUUGUCCCUGAGCUAGUGGGUAUAGACUAGCAACUUUGAUGGCUGCCAUACACUGCCCACACACAGAAGUAGAACCCCACGGAAGCAGCAGGACAAAGAACAUUUUAGAGCAGUACUGAGCAGUGUAGAAGGGGUUCUCUACCAUAAGCAAACUCAAGCACUGGAAAAGAGACGGGAAAUGGCUGCACGGAGUGUCUGGAGAAUGGUUCGAGGAGAUCCAGAAAAAGAAGUUUAAAGAUGAUCCAGACGUGAGGAGCCUAGUGAGGCCACCUCUGACCCAUCAUCUGCAGAAGAAAACCCCUAAAGGCGAGCCCAAAUCCUCUAGAAUGACAGCAUCUGGAAACUUUCAGCCCCAAAAGAACUCUGGACCGUCUUUCCUCAGACUUCGCUCUCCUUUAGCUUCUUUGUUCUCCUUCAGGAAAUCUGCAAAGCAGACUCUAAAACCGCCACCUGAUCACGAGAGACAUGGCAUCUACUCUAUCAGUGGCCAGUUACCGACAAACACUGACGGCAAGAAAAAGUUUGACAUUUACCAUUCUGGAAGAAGUGUAAAACAGAUUGCUGGAUUAUUCGAAGCACAGCAGAGCAGGGCAAGAGAAAAUGACAGCACAAAGGCCUCCACCCAGCUUGAAAGGGAAGUUUUUCAAGUUUUAGGAGAUCUGGAUCAAAAACUUGCUCAAGAACAGAGUCACAAGCAAACACUGAGGACUAGUAGACUUUCAAGCUAUAAGCAUGGAAGGCAAUAUGGCAAAGAAGAUUCACUCCAUAAUAAUACAACCGAGCCUAAAAAAGUAUAUAACAGUUUAUCUUCUCCUGAUGGAAGAAAAAAUGUGUCACUUGAGGCGACACACAAAACAUAUGCCACGUACCAGCCAAGAAAUUUUUAUGAAAUGUACUCAAACAGACAACGCUCGGCUUCCAAACCAGAGACUUCCAACAAAAACUUCUACAAGAAGAGUCCAUCAGUCUUCUCAUCUGUAAUCAAUACGUCAAGUUCAUCUCCUUCAUUUUCAUCGAGUAGUUUGCAUCAGUCUUCUUCAAGCAUAGACCUAGAUAGGACAAGGCCGCAUAAGUCAAGGAGGACACCCAUCACAUCUAUUAAAUGGAGUAAUGCAUUUAAUUCUGGGCAACCUGUGGAGACUGGUAGACCUGUCAGAACACUAUCUGCUCUGGAUCUUACAAAUCUUGGUAAAUCCAUAUAUCAUAGCAGGGUUUUUGAUCUGCACAAGUACAAAAAUACACCAAGCGUACCAGAGUCUACUUCAGAUGACUUUCAUCAAGUUAGCAAUAUUAACAAUAUCACAAACGCAUCAUCAAUGAAAAGUGCAGAUGAUAGAGCCACUGGAUAUUACAAAACUGACUCUAUAGACAAUGGUCCUAAAGUCCAACUUUCCACACCUUCUGAAAGGUAUUGGGAUGAGGAAUAUAAGGAAAAUUCUAUAAAUGGCAAUGAAAUGAGUAGAACGUCUGUUGAGAAUUCGAGGAACAAUGACAUGGAAUUAGAACCUAUGGAAGUGGAAAUUGAUAUACCUGUAGAAAAAAAUACUUGUGUGGCAGAUGAUCUAAAGGGUGAAACAGAGGAGGCUUCUAGUGAUCUACGGAACCUCAGUUUGCAAACUGAGAACUUGUCUUCUAAAGCAGACCUAAUAAAUAAAGAGUGUAAAAUGGAGGUAGACAAUGAACAGUCUGAUAUCCAAAACAAAGAUGUCCCUAUGGAUUGUACUUUCCAUGAUCCUAAUCUGCUUGGAAUAUCCUCUAGUCACAUAUCAGAACCAGAGAUCCUGAGUGUUGCUGCUCCAAAUGUCUUCCUUCACUCUAGCAAUAUGAGUUUAUCGACUUCUGUUGACCAUGGUCCUGGUGCUCAAGAAGACCCACCACAAAGAGAAAUGCCUGGAUUUACAAACCAUAAUCGGGCAUUAAAUCCCAAAAUGUUCAGUUCUUUCGAAUCUAAAACAUCAUAUAAAAUUGAUACUCCCCCUUAUAUGGAAUUUAAAUCUUCAAAAACCAAUGAUCGGGAAAGCACAUUAGCUCAUAAAAGAUCUAGUUUGUCUAGUAAUGUCAGAGAUAUUGGGGGAAGAUUUUCUUGGAUGAAUGGGAGAAGGGGAUCAAAUGACAACCACACAAGUUUCCGAUCUGAUACGCUUAAGUUUCAGAAAAGAAAUGCAUCCUCUCUCCCGGAUUUAAUCGACCAGGACAGUGACAUUUUACCUAGUGAUGCUGAGGUAACAUUUCCUAACAGGAGUUGUGGAAAUGUUGUGGAUUAUGAUGCUACUAGUGUUCCUGAAACAAAAUCUUCAAGGACUUAUAAUGACUCAAGGGGACAGUACUUGGAAAAUAAUUCAAAAUACGAGCAACCUGAUGUCCAAAAUACCACUCUUCAACCAGAAAACUUGGGUUCAAGAAUUUCUCACUAUCUACACAAGCCAUAUAGGUCAUCUUAUAGCUCAACAGUAUUAAAAAAAAUAGACCAAAAGACAACUUACCCGACCACAGACCCCUAUCUGACAAAUAGGCAGUCAAAAGGUUUUAUGUCAGAUACUCUAAAGUUUAAAAGUUCGUCCUCUAUGCCAGAUCUGAUUGAUCAGGACAGUGGCGAGUUUGGUAAUGAAUCUAGAACUAUAUUUAAAAACAAUUGUGAACGUGAUGGGGUGUGCCAUACCUCCACUGUUCUUGAAACACUGCCUUCAAGGAUCCCUGAAGAAAGAAAGGAAGUGUACUUGGAUAGCAGUUCAAGAUAUGGGCGAUCUUGUCUCCAAGAUAUCAUUCGACAACCAAAAAAAUCUAUUUUAACCCCUUGGCAGUCUUUACAAAAACUGUCUACAUUUUCCUAUGGUACAGAAGAAGAUAGGACAUUGAUGGUCACUGAAAAAAAGAUGGAUGUCUCCGAAGUAGCAAAUCAGGCGGACACAUUGAAUGAGAAUAGUAAAGUUGAGAAAAUGUUAAAUUUAGAAGAGACCUCUCCAUUUUCUCACGUACAUGCACAGUCUGUCAACUUUAAAAGAAGUCAAUACAAUGGACAGAGUGGAUCUGACUCUAAUAAUAACAAUACAAGACCAGUAGAGGGAAUAGCAGCUUCUGCCGUAUAUAAUAAAAAUGUUCUUCAAAAACAUCCUGAGACUAAAGAAGUGAGAGUAUCAAAACCUGAUACCUUUCCCAAACCUAACCCCACAGCACUUUAUCGACAGGAAGCGGUUUCAUGGGCAAAUCAGAAAAACACUGUCAAAGACCUGCAAGUCAAACAGGGUAGUGAAUCAGAAAGCAACCUAACCCAAACUUUGACUUAUCAGUUGGAUCAGGAAGCAAACAAUAGAGCUGCUGAAGAUACAGAACCACCCAAAGUCAGAGACUCAUCAAGCUUUCCUGACAGCCAAACUGGGAAGGAUUUACAGAAGGACAACCUGAGCAAAGCUACACACCUGCCUACUACUGAGAAGAAGUCAACAAACCUACUAAAACAGCACUUAUUUGUGGCACCAGAACCUUAUAAACGUAAUAUCCCUAUACGUGUCAUCCCCAAGCCAGAGUGGAAUCUCUCCACAAGUUCUGGAGAUAACCAGACCCCAUCCUCCCAGGAAGCUAAACCUAUUAAGGAUCUUUUAUAUGAAAAAUUAUCUCAAGAUGGUUUACACCAGCAUAAAACAUACACCUGUGAACAGGUGGUUAAAAAUACUGAAAUUUAUGAAGGCCUUACAGAUUGUUCCUACACUGAAAUAGAUAAAAUUGAGUAUCGAAAAGUUGUCUCAGUCUAUUAUAGCCUUCCUCGCAAAUUCUCAAAGGGGACUUCCGAGCUGUCGAAGAACAACCUGAAAAACAUUGAUAAGACCCUUGAGAAAAAUAGAGCACCUACCGCACUCCUAGAUAAAAUAGGUAGGUAUUACAAGGAGGAACAAGAUACCAAUCACCAAAAUUUAGAAAAUUCAUCAACUAUCUUUACAGAAAGUAUACACAGUGAUAAGGUACUCUCAAAGGAGGCUCCUUGUAAAAAACAUCAUUUGAAUUUUCACAUAAUUCCUUUAGAAACAAAGCUUAUGAAAAAUGGUAGCAGGCCAAAUUCUGGGAUGGAAAACGAUGAUUAUGUGAAUAAGUUUAGUUCCUUACACAUUUCUGAAAAUGAAAAUUACUAUACAGCAAAGGAGGACCCACAAAAUGAAAACGAAUACAGUCCCUCAAGACCCACCCCUAAAUAUUCUUCAAAUACUUAUUAUUAUACUUUACCAAAUAGGAAAUCCAAUCUCAAAGACCUGGAAAGAAAUGUUCUGGAGGGAGACAUUGCAAUGGCGCGAGAUAGGUUUAACAUAUACCCAAGUAGCAGAAUCCUAGAGCCUUCUCCUCCAGAAUCCCGGGAUGUUUUCGCAUCCCCAACAUUCUAUGAUAACCUUAAUCAUUCCCCUUGCUACGAUUUCAUGCACCUGCAGGCAAACAACAAGCGAGACUAUAACAGUAAUAACAAUUUUGCGAGAGAUUGUGGUGGUUUGCCCCAAAAAAACUCCAUGGAUGAAGGUUUAUUUUCAAGAGAAGACUUGCGUUCAUUCUACAAAUCAAAAAGCCAAAGCAAGUCAUACAGCACAGAAGACCUCUCGCCACAUGUGGAAAGUAACACCAGCCCAACCAGCCCACAGACUGAUUACAAUAGUUCAGUCUUCACUAAAAACAAUGAUCUAAAUCGACCUCGGCCUUCAUACUGUUCAGAGUUUGUCCAAAAGAAAAUGAAGCCAAUAAAUAAAAAAAAGUUUACCUUCUCCUUUGACAAUUCAAGUCAAGAAAGUGUAAAUCCAAAACAAACUGGUUCCUAUGGUGAGACGGUUCAGACAUCUGAUGCCGAUUCGCCAUCUGUGACCUACUAUCCAAAGGACAGCUAUUCAUCCCAUGUCAGUAAACAUUUUGGCCAAGGAAGCCCCAAGCAUUCCCAAAAUGACCCAUAUUCCAAUUUGUAUCGUUCAAAGAGCAUGAAGUUUUUAAACACUGAAGGUCAAGAGAACAUCAUGGACUACAACAGAAAAAGUGAUGGAAGUUUUUCUUCAAAAAGCUGUGGUGGAACUUUGAGGGGCAAAAGUCCUUUUACUACCAGUGCCUGGAACAGGAGAUUUUCAGAUAAUGUUUUAGAUGAAAAUGACAAUUGGCCAGUUUCUGAAGAAACCUCUGAACGCAAGCCUGUGUUUACAUCAAAGUCCCUCGAUUAUGGGAUUUUUGGGAAGGAGCAACAAGAGGCUAUUUUAAACAAUGUUAAGCGGUCACUCACUGAGGGCAGGCUAUGGAGGCCAAGUUUCCUCAAAUAUCCUGGGUUCCUGAGAACUGAGGAAUGUUGUUCUUCUCAGGAAAUAAAUCCAGUAGGUCGAUCACCUGAUGACGUCUCAUCUCAGGGACCUAAUUUUAAAAAACCUCUUAAUAUCUACGAGGAUGAGCCUGUUGUUUCUUCAGAUUCUGAUACGGACACCACCACGGAUGAUGAAUAUUACUUAGAUGAAAAUGACAAAGAGUCAGAACUGUGAGCUUGUCCAAAAUGGUGACCGAGACAGUAUCGUGGCUUAUUUGACUAGAUACUGACCAAUUGGAGGACUUCUCUCCAUCCUUUGGUAAUUUUAAGUGCAAUAUAAAACCCCACAGAUCUGGAACAAUACACACGUGCACUCUUGAAAUGCCUUUUUAAUAUAUACCUGUUUUUCCUAUCAUAUAAUUCUGAGACCUCAUCUUGUGUAUUGUGCUGAUCCUCAGUUAUUCCUCCAGGAAAUGUAUUGAGAUGGUUAAACCCAGCUGUCAGCACCAAUUGGACAGUGUCAGAUAGUGGCGCACUGCAGUCUGAAGGGGAAGUCGUCAGUUUGUUCAGACAUUUCCAGGAAGAAUAAUCGAGAAAUAGCGCUCUGUUCUAAGAAAAGAUGCAAUAGAGCCUGGGGAAUACAUGUAUGUACUAAAAUAGACAUGAGAGCGGAGAGGUCCUCUAUAAAUGGAGGCUGAUCAUGAGAUGGAAGCAUGUAAGUAUGACUAGAAGAACCUUCAUGAGACACCGGCUCUUAUGGAAUCUACUAGUAAAUGAUGUAGUGGCACUCUAAUGUAUAUUGUGGGUAGACAUGAUUUGCACCUUACUAGCAGGAAAGCUGCACAGUGGGGAAGAUUUAUGAAAACUUGUGUAGGAAAAGUGGUGCAGUUGCCCAUAGCAACUAAUCAGAUUGCUGCUUUCAUUUUUCACAGGUCUCUUCAAAAAUGAA